GUCAGUCGUUCCCGCGGUAACGGGAGUGAAUCGCGUCUCGACUCGGACAGAUCAUGUAGUUGGAAUCAAGACACGGUGUGUACGUGUGUAAUACGCGACUCACGUCCUCUACGCUUCUUACAUCUCUUUAUUUUUUUUCUCUUUCUUUCUCUUUUUUUUGUAUCUCUCUUUCCUGUCACUCAAUCCUCUCUCUCUCUCUCUCUCUCUAUCUAUCUAUCUUUCUUUCUCUUUCUGUCGGUAUUACAAUCAGCGAAUGCGACGAAUGACGUCGGAGAGGUAUCAAAGAAGGAGGAGGAGAUGGGCGAGGCUCGUUCACGUAUUCGGCUCGAUCGUAGAAAUCUCGAAAGCUUGCACCAACAGCAACAGCAGCAAUCGUUUGCUGAUGGUGGUGGUGGAAAGACAACGACGACAACGACAACGACAACAACAACAACGAUGAUGACGAGCCUCGUUCAAUCCUCCACCGUUUUGAAUAUGGAUGAAUCCGGAGGGGAGAAUAUGCCAGAGGCUGAACUCGAUGAUAGAAAGGGGAAGGGUAAAUCGAAAAAAAGAAUCGAUAAUUUUGUUGAUGUCGGUAAGAAGGGAAAGGAAUACACCUCCUAUCUCAACGACGAUUCCAACGAGAAUGAGAUGAUGUUUCGAAUCCUCGAAGAUAGCUCUUUAACGGAAUCCCUUUCGGAUAUUACUGGUAUACGUUCUGCUGAUCCAGUGGAGGGAGAGAAGAACCCUCGUUCUACCAAAGACCUUCUUACAUGUCCUUAUGUAAACGAGGAGAAGGGGGAUAAAGAGGAGGAAACGACGACGAUGAUGUUGCUUCCGGGAGUGAGCAAAGAUUUCAUUUCCAUUUCUGACGAUAUUCAUUAUGAUGUUAAGAGAUACGUCGAUUGCACGGUGUUAAGUCGUAGCAAUAAUGGUGGAGACGCUGAAGAUUCUUCGUACGACAGUGAUUACGAAGCUGAAGAUUCAACGAACGUUCAUCCGCCAUUGGAAUCACGAUUGUCGUCUUCCACGCAUUCGGACGUGUCCCGUACUACUUCAGACACAUUGGCCGCGGAAUUUGCUGAGUAUGUCACCGUUCAGGGACAUACUCCAACACAAAGUCCAGGAUACACGGCAAGAGUAGAAUUCGCUUUAAAACUUGGAUACACGGAACGUUUGGUUCAAGCGGCUCUACAAAAAUUAGGCCCGGAUCCUGGUCAAAACGAAUUACUAGCAGAAUUGAUCAAACUCGGUGCUAGUUGUUCACCAAAAUUAAGCGAAAGUCUUGAUGAAAGUGAUAAUCUUUUUGACGGAGAGAGCAGUAACGAAGAAUUCGGUGGAAGAUCUAAUUUAACGACAACUACCACAUGUUUGAGGCCAGUCGUGAUUGAUGGUAGUAACGUGGCUAUGAGCCAUGGUAAUAAAGAAGUAUUUUCAUGUCGUGGUAUUAAAAUCUGUGUUGAUUGGUUUAAAGCCAGAGGACAUAGAGAGAUCACUGUUUUUGUACCAAAGUGGCGUAAAGAAGCAUCGAGACCUGAUAAUCCUAUUGCCGAUCAAGAAAUUCUAGGUGAACUCGAAAGAGAUCGAUUACUCGUUUUCACUCCAUCCAGAUUGGUUGGUGGUAAACGUAUGGUCUGUUAUGACGAUCGUUAUAUUCUUAAACUAGCUGCUGAAGAAGAUGGGAUAGUUGUCAGUAAUGAUAAUUAUAGAGAUUUGGCACAAGAAAAUCCAGAAUUCCGAAGAGUCGUUGAAGAGAGGAUUUUGAUGUACAGUUUUGUUAAUGACAGAUUUAUGCCUCCUGACGAUCCGCUUGGUAGAAGUGGACCUACUUUAGAAAAUUUCUUAAGAAUUGGUCCGAAAAAAACUGAUCCUGCUCCACCAUGCCCUUAUGCAAAGAAAUGUACCUAUGGAAACAAAUGCAAAUUUCGUCAUCCAGAAAGAGGUCCUCAUCCACAUAAAUCUGUAACGGAACGUUUAGUGGAACACGCUCAACGUCAUCUUCAAGCUAGAGGUCCGAGUCUAAGUUUGCCUUUGAACUCUAGCACGCCUACUACUAAUGUUACAACGCAACAUCAACCCCUUUGUAAAGCAAGAUCAGUUGCUGUAUCAUCAAAUGUUUCACAAUCAUUAUCAUCCGUCCCUAAAAGUAGAUCCGUUGAAAAUGUCACCACAGAUUUGUCGACAACUAGUCCAAUUGUAUAUGCACAACAAAUAUCAGCUGUACAAAAUAUGCAAGGAUAUGUUUCUCCAGCUACUUGGGCCACGCCCAGAGUUAACAAUUCUGAUGGGGAACCAGUUAAUAUGCAUAGAAAAUUACAACGACAAUUGACGUUAAAUCCGGCAUGCGAUCCACGUCUUUAUCAAUUGCGAAGAUAUCAACAACACACGGCACCAUCUUCAAAGCAACAACAACAACAACAACAACAGCAACCUCAACAACAACAGAAACAUUCCCAGCAAUCUAUAAUUGGUGGUCAUCCAACAAUUCAACAUAGGCCACUUACAAGACAUGCCAGCAACGAAUCUCCUUAUUCAGUGCCUAUAAGUUGGGAUCAUCCUGAAGGACUUCAUCAACACGUAACACGCAUAGCUUCGGCACCAGAUUCAUAUCGUGCUUGGCCUCCACGCAGUACGAAUUUAGUUACACCAUCACGUGUUUCUAGAUUGGGUACGUCAGAUCCACAAUUAAAUUUGCUACCAUCACCGUCGUCAGUGUCAACGAAUUUACACGGAGGUGUUUGGAAUACACAAACCCAAGACGCUCGACGUCAUUUGCAUUAUCACCUUGCUAAUAUUUUCCCCGAGGAACAGGUACAAGCAGCAAUGGCCAUGAAUCCUCAUGAAACAGAUCCCCAACAAAUAUGUGCCACAAUUUUAGCAAUGUUUCCCAAAAAUUAGUAAAAGUUUAACAAAAAAAAAAAACUUUGUCAAUAUCCAAUUAAACCAAACAGGUAUGGUAAUAUAUCAUUUGUACAGUAAAUGGAUGUGAUCAAUUUGACUUUAACAAUAAGUUAAACUUCGAUGUAACAGAAUUAAUCUAUAAAUGACAGAUUUUUCUCGAAUCAUCGGACAUAGAUAACAAAAUGGGAUACUUUUAGAAAAAAAGUUUGUAAUAAUAGAUGAAAGAUCAUAAUGAUCAAAUCAUUAUAAUAAAUGAUUUUAUAUUUCCAUAGUUGAAAAAAGAAAAACAAACAAAUAUAUGAAUAAUGAAAUGAACAGAGUUAAGGAUACGUAUGGAAAGAUUUUUCAAAUAAUCAUACAUCAUUUUCAACUUCAAUACUCUCCAUGAGAGUAGAGAAAUGGGAACAUAAGCAAUUUUUUUGUUUGUUUAUAGAAACUUUGUUUGAUAUAUUUUAAGUUAUAUUAUUUUUCUUUUUUUUUUUAUCCAUUAGCAAAUCGUCGUUUUUUAUUAUUCAGUAACAGACAAUACAUGAAAUCAUUCGAUUGUUUUAUUAGUGUAAGAAAAUGUACGUUUAUUUGAAUAACGCAAUGUUAUUACACGUUUGAAAUCUAUUCCCAAAUCUCCACUCGGUUUAAAAAAAUAUAUUUACAAAUUGAAACAUUGAAAUGAAUUAUUAAUGAGAAUUUAUUUCAAUUAUACAUGUUCGCAUAAUCGCGUUAUGUUAUAAAUUGAAGUAACUUAUAUAUUCCUUGUGUAUUAUCUGUCCACAAUAAGAUUAACAUUUUCUUCCAACUAGUCGUUGUUGACUAGUGUUUCUUGGGUAGAGAGAAUGUAUCUUAAAAUGAAUUGAUUUUAAAUAACAAACGUAAAAAGGAAACAUAAUUCUGUUAUUAAAUGUAUCUAUUUAUCAUUAUACAGAGUGUUUCAAUAUUUACUAGUCAAACUGUAGAAACAUAUUCUAUGAGUAAAAAUAAGAGAAAAAGAUUAUUUAAAAUUCGCAGUGAGAAAUAUUUUAUUACAAAGUUAUAAACAAACGAAAUUGAAAUAGUAUUGCAUUUUUUGAUUUGUAUAUAAUUCUAUAAUAAAAUGUUUCCAAACUAACUUGUAGAAUAUAUUUCCACAAUUUGUAUAGUAAACUCUGAGACAUCCUGUAUAUUAAUAUAUAUUAAUAUAUGUUACCAUUAAAGCGUGAAAUCCAUUGAAUCGUUAAGUAACCAGCUAAACCAUGAAAUAAUUAUACUAAUCAAUUAAAGUAUGAAAUAAGACAAAAUUACAUACUUUAAUAGAUAUAAUAUGAAUUCAUAAGUGGCAAAUGGUUAAAAUAUACAAUUGAAAUUUGAUCUGUAGAUUAAAUCCGAUAGGACAGUACGAUUAACAGAACAUUUGUCUUCAAAAUAUAAAAAGAAAUAAGAAUGGAUAAUACUAUAGCAUUGUUGUAAAAAGGAAAGCUAACAACCCUUACUCAGAAAACUUAAAAAAUUUGUAUAUUUUUAAAAAAUUCAUACAUUCAAAAAUAUAGAACGAUAUAUUUUUAUUUUUGAACAUACUGUAAAAUACAGUUUCAGGAAUGUCUCAAAUAAAUUUUUAACGAAAAAUAUUUAUUAAAAAAUAGCGAAGUUACAACAAUUUUCGUACAACACGUGCAUAAUUGGGUGUAUCACUAUCACAUGUUACGUUUAAAAAAAAAAAAAAAA